GUAUCUCUGCAAGGAUCCAAAGAUAGAUGAAGUCACACAAGAGCCGGAGAACUGCAGGGAUGCUACAGCAUGGGUGUAACAAGCACCUGGUCGUGCAGGGCAGCAUGUUAAGAGCUGGAACAUGGAACGUCUCUGACUGCAACCAAGUCAACCCGAGUCCAUCACCUUCCCAAGCCCUGGAGGAGUGUGAGGAUGGAGGCUGAUGACAGCAGACCUGGCUGCUGUUGUAAAAGCAGUUCAGCAGUGGAAUGUCUCCCAGCUCCUAACGUCACCUGUCGGCUCCUGAAUGGAACUGAGUUCAGGUUCAGUGGGGAAGAGGUGGGCUUCAACAGAACUGUUGCCUGCAGGAAUGUGAGCGGAUACUCCUACAAAGUCGCUGUGGCCCUCUCUCUGUUCCUUGGUUGGCUGGGAGCAGACCGGUUCUACCUGGGAUAUCCUGCCCUCGGUCUGCUAAAAUUCUGCACCGUUGGGUUUUGUGGGAUCGGGACUCUGAUUGACUUCAUUCUGGUUGCUAUGCAGAUCGUGGGCCCAGCUGAUGGGUCCAGCUACAUCGUGGAUUAUUAUGGAGCUCGACUGACCCGCCUGUCCAUCACCAAUGAGACAUACAGGAAGCCACACCCCUGAACACAUCCACAAGCUUCCUGCAAGAGUCUCCAGGAGCGUUGUGGAGAACCCUGCAGAGAAAGGACAACAUUCUUCACCACGAGGAGCUCAAACCUCUGGAGAAGUCCUCCUGAAGCUCCGCCUGCUUUUGUUGUUUAAUUUAUGACACUUGAAUAUAUUUUAAUAAAGUUUUAGUGUUUUUC